AUGAUUAGUGCUAAGCUGGAACCUGUGUCCCCUAUUGGUUUUAAGAUUAGGGAUGCGACGCUCAAUGAUGUCGGUGAUAUUUCACGCCUGUGGUUCCUCUCCUUCAAUCAAUCUCAUAAAUUCUUUGAAUAUGCCACUCCAGAGAGCCCAGAGAUUCGAGCAUGGCUUGAAGAAAUACUCGUCAUCGGCAUCAAGGCUGGACCAUCUGUCUUCCGGACAUUCGUGGUAGAGGAUGUCAACAUGAAUCACAAACUGGUGGCUUUCUGCAGGAUCCACUUUCCUCGGCCAGAUGGAAAUCAGGAGAUUCCCAUGCCUGAAUUCCCGGAUGGAUAUGAUCCAAAGAUUGUCGAUGGUCUCUGGGGAGGAAUGGAGAGGAAUAGAGCUAGCAUCAUGGGCCGGCAAUUGCAUUGGAGUGAGUCAAACCUUUCAUCUUCCUGA